AUGUCUCUGGUAGAACACCCAGGAAUGUUCCAGUCCCAGUACAUAACAGCCACCAAACAGCUCUUUGCUCAUCUGAGAGAAAAACUGUUUGCUUGCUCAAAGUGUGGAAAGAGAUUCUGUGACAGUGAGAGUCUUCAAAAGCAUCAAAGAACCCAUACAGGGGAGAAACCUUUUGAAUGCUCAGAGUGCGGAAAGAGAUUCAGCCGCAGAGGCCAUCUUCACAUGCAUCUAAGAACCCACACAGGGGAGAAACCUUUUGAAUGCUCAGAGUGUGGAAAGAGAUUCAGUGAGAGUGGCCAUCUUCACAAGCAUCUAAGAACCCACACAGGGGAGAAACCAUUUGAAUGCUCAGAGUGUGGAAAGAGAUUCCGUGAGAGCAGCCAUCUUCACAUGCAUCUAAGAACCCACACAGGGGAGAAACCGUUUGCUUGCUCAGAGUGUGGAAAGAGAUUCAGUGAGAGUGGCCAUCUUUACAAGCAUCUAAGAACCCACACGGAAGAAACCUUUUGAAUGCUCAGAGUGUGGAAAGA